GAAUGCUUAGUCCCCGUACCAACACCUCCGCUUGCCUCCAACGUCCUACAACCUCCAUCAUGAAAUUUCGUCUGUCUAUCUAAGUCUAGAACUUCCUCUGUCGACAUACUCGAGUCCUGAUUCCGAAAUUGUAAUCUCUCCCUCCCUCCCCCCAUGACCUCCGUCCCUCCCCUGCCCGCCUCGCAGCGCAGGUCUCCUCCCCGCGAAGCUGCCGAGCCGGCGUCCCAGCAUGAGCAAUCGCAGCUGGGUCGCACCGACAGCGAAGCCUAUUCCGCGACGUCUGAAGACUCGCAGACACUGCUCCUGAAUAGCCCGCACCCGCCACAAGCGCAGAGACCCGUUGAACAGUCACAGUCACAGUCGCAUUCACAGCCGCAUUCACAGUCGCAGAAAGAAUUAACGGCGGCUCCGCAGCCGGACGACGAGCCUCGCAAAUGCUGGAUAUGUUUCAAUGACGAAACCGAAGACGAACCCACCUCCUCAGAAUGGCGCAGCCCCUGUCCCUGUGUCCUCGUUGCGCACGAAAAGUGCCUGCUCGACUGGAUCGCCGAUAUGGAGGCCCCGAGCUCCCGGCGGCGGGCUGGUGGUGGGAGAGGCAAGAUACUGUGUCCGCAGUGCAAGGCUGAGAUCAAGGUUGUGCGGCCACGGAGCAUAGUCGUGGAUCUUGUGCGGACGGUGGAGAGGUUCACGGGGAUGAUGCUAUUGCCCGGGUUCUUUAUCGUAGUGGGGUCAGCGGUCUACAGCACGGCUACCCUGUUGGGCACACAUGCUGUCUAUGAAGUCUUUGGCAUAGAAGAUGGAGCGCAGAUUCUAAUGCCUAUUUACGAAUCCCCAACGAUGCAUCAGUCGAUCGUGGCACGGGCGAUGGACCACCUACGGUUGAAUUGGAGACUGGACCUGGGGCUUCCACUGAUUCCAACUGUUUUGAUAGCCUCGCGGACCACACUGGCUGAUAGCUUUCUCCCAUUCUUGCCGCUGAUAUUCUUCGCGAGCUCGGGCAGACCCCAGGACGAGAUGAUGCCGUUCCAAUGGCCGCCGAGCGCUGCCUUCACCAUUGCCGCACUGCCUUACAUCCGAGGUGUCUACAAUGCAUACUACGAACGUGUCUGGCUACCAAAAGAACAACGAUGGCUCAAGGAAAUUCAACCACGUGCUGGUGACACAGAUGGAAACAACGGCGCUGACAACGACAACGCGGGAGACCAAAUCGAAGAAGUGCUCGAGGACGGCGACGACGACGCCGUCAUCGAAGCUGUAGAACUCGAAGUUGACUUCGACCUCUUCGGUGACUGGAACAACGGCGGUGCGGCCGACAACAAUGCUGCCGAGGAAAACCCCCCAGUACCCAUCGCCCGCGGCCCUGCACCACCCCUCCACGCCCCUCCCCAAGACGUAGACGUACAGGAUGCUGCCCCCGCACCAAAUGUCCCCGGCAGAAGAAACCGCAUCCGCCGCGAACGCAACAUGCAAUUUAGCACGACCUCCCUGGCAGACACCAUCCUCGGGGCUCUCAUCUUCCCCUCUAUUGCGGCUGCAGUCGGUGAGGUGUUGAAACACGCACUGCCAAAGUCAUGGGUUACAAAGCCCGCAGACGGUAAAGUGACGGGAUUUCUGCAGGCGAGGUGGGGACGGAGCAUCUUGGGGGGCUGUCUAUUUGUGGGGGUUAAGGAUGUAGUGAUGCUAUAUGUGCGGUGGAAGAUGGCGCAGAAUCAUCGGAAGCGGAGAGUAGAGGAUUAUGAUCGAAGUAAGAAGAAAAUUGUGAGGCCAUAGGGUUGGAAUGGGGAAGGAAUGGUGCUGCUGGGUCUGGUAUUAUGAUACAUCACCUAUGGUGGCCGCUUUGGCCUUUAGUUGUGGAUUUUAGGGAUAGAGGUUCUGCACUCGUGAAGAGGACUACCUACAAAGAGGAAUGACACAAUAGCUACAUGCCUAGGAUUUGGGGUUUUGGGUUCAUAGAUGAUAAGGGAUACAAUCCCUAUCCUCACUAAG